CAGGUGGAUAAUGCAGGAAUAAACUAUGAGGGGAAUGAGUCUGGUCACAAAGUUGAGAUUCGUUGUAACAAAGGUUACAAAACGGAUUGGAAAUAAAACACUCGUUUGUGAAGACGGAGGAUGGAGGGCAGGGUUGUAUGUGAAGGAAUAAAAUGUUCCCCACCACCAGCAAUUGUGAAUGGGCAUGUCGAUCCUGAUGAAGAAGCUUAUAACUACAGACAAGUUGUGACAUACGUGUGUGACAAUGACUAUACACUUGAAGGGGCAAAACAAGGGACAUGUUUAGAAAACCAUGAAUUCAGCCAUAAACCUCCAAUAUGUAAACCUAAGGACUGUUCCAGACCUGGUGGAGGAUCCUACAUGCAUCUGAAAGGAAAUGAUAAUAGAAAAGAUACAUUCCCACAUAACUCCACAGUUACAUUUGAAUGUAAUGAAGGCUUCAACGAUGAAGGAGGGUCACCACAGAGUACUUGUACUGCUGGCCGUUGGAGUCCUGUGGAACUGAGAUGCGAGAUUAAGAACUGUGGUACACCUAAAAACGUGACGAAUGGACAUAUAAACUAUGAGCGGACUGAGUACAAUGACAAAGCUACGAUUCGUUGUGACCAUGGGUACAAAUUAAUUGGAAAUUCAGAAAUCACUUGUAAAAUGAUGGGAUGGAGCGAACCAUCGACAUGUCAAGUGGUGACAUGUGUUUCACCACCAGUGGUUGCAAAUGGCAGUUUCACCCCUGUUAAAGAUGUCUACCGCUAUGAAGACUCUGUGGUUUACUCCUGUGAUGAUGGUUAUAAACUCCUUGGAUCAGAAACAUUAAAAUGUAAAAAUAAUGAUACAUUCCUCCCUGAUCCUCCACAGUGUAAACGUCAAGAUGAAGACAAGAUUUUAGCAGAGCCUGGGCUGGGGUUCCUCUUUGGGUAUACACUGCUGCGCUGGAGUUCGCUUGCAUCCUUACUGGUGAUUCUGUUAUAGUUCAUAGGUGCACAAAAACAGCUCACAAGGAAUGUGACUUAUAAGACUAUAAAGGAGGUUAAAUUCGGGUAAAUUCCUUUAUUGACCUGCUGUAUAUAAUUCUUCGGAAGUUAAGAAGAAAAACAGUCCCACAGUGUUUUACUUUUAUACCAGUCAUCUAUGUAAACACACGAUAUGAAAUGUUAUUAAGUCACUGGUGCAUUUAAGGCCUGGACUUUACACGGUGGAAAGCCAAACCCAUGAAACCUUGAACAAGAACAAAGCUUUCAUUCAGUCUCAGUGAGCUUUAUGUUGCUGGUCCAGUUUUAAUCCCAGUGAGUGUAAACUGUCUGCAGGUGGAGUUGGAUGUUUUCUAAUGACCAUUGUGAAAUGUUAGGAAACCAAACUCCUUAACAAACACUGACUCAGUGUUUAGGUGUUUUUGGUCUGUUGGCCUCUUGUUUUUUGGGGGGAUAAACCACAUCAUCCAUAGAAAGCUAGAAAACAAGUAUUCUUCAACUAAGCAGUGAUUCAGCUGUACUUGAUCCAUUGAACCAUCAGAGGCGGAUUCCAGAUUUGUUUCUGCUGAACAAAAAGUAAAGCUUUGUGGAUUUAA